GAUUAACUAUCGUCCAUCCCUAACUCACACGUACACAUAAUUUAGUCGUGAUUUCUUUUAUUUGUUUCGAAUUACUGCUAAAAACCAAACAAAUUGCAACCUAAACCUGCUGGCCACCAUGCCGAGUGCCUGUUAUAACGUGCGCGAGCGUUCGAAUUAAACGGUAGCAAGCGGCGCCGCCGUUUUAACCUUUUUCCGCCGCGGAGUGGGGGAUCGAAAAAUCAAGCUCUGCAGCGGUGUAGGAGUAUAUAUAAAACUGAAGAGAUCGGCCGGUUUGGGUAAACAGCAUGGAGCGGCGCGUGAAGCUGAAGACGAUCAACCCGCACAUCACGUGCAAGAUAUGCGGGGGCUACUUCAUCGAUGCCACCACGGUUACGGAGUGUCUGCAUACAUUCUGCAAAAGUUGCCUAGUGAAGCAUCUAGAGGAGAAGAAAACAUGCCCCACCUGCGACAACAUCAUUCACCAGUCCCACCCGCUGCAAUACAUCAGCUUCGAUCGCACCAUGCAGGACAUUGUGUACAAACUGGUGCCGAAACUGCAAGAAGACGAGUCGCGAAGAGAGCGAGACUUCUACAAGAGCAGAAACAUGCCAUGUCCGAAGGAUAUAACGCAAAACCACGAGGACGACAACGAGAAGGUGAUGGAGGCGCAUGCAGAGUCCGACUUCCAUCGCCUCGACGAGCAGGUGAACGUGUGCCUCGAAUGCAUCAGCAACAACUUCAAGAGCUUGCAGCGCCGCUUUAUCCGCUGCAGUUCGCAGGCGACGAUAACGCAUCUCAAAAAGCUGGUGGCCAAGAAGAUCUUAAAUGGGAUCGAAAAGUAUCGAGAGAUCGACAUUUUGUGCAACGAGGAGCUGCUGGGAAAAGAUCACACGCUGAAGUUCGUCUAUGUGACGCGCUGGCGCUUUAGAGAUCCACCGCUUCGGCUACAGUUUCGUCCCCGGGUUGAGCUUUAACGGAUGGGACGCUGUUUUCUAGUAUAAUGCCACACAAAUGAUCUAUUUUUAUAAUUUAUUGAAAAAGCGUAAUAUCGUAAUUAGGAGAGAGUCGCUAGUGUUAGGUCCCCAAAUCCAUACCCAAACCCAAACCAAUCCAUGUGUGUAUGUGUAAAUGUGCAUGUAUAAAGUCUUAAUUAUAUGGUUAUUCCUCUUAGACUAAGUAAA